AUGGCCCAGAAUGAUGCAUUGUUGAAGAGCCAGGCAUCAUCUGUCAGGAACUUGGAGAUGCAAAAGGAUCUGGGAAGCUUUACAGUCCCUUGUUCAAUUGGGGGGAUAGAUGCAGGUAAUGCAUUGUGCGAUCUUGGAGCCAACAUUAACCUCAUGCCCCUUUCAGUUUUCAAGAAGCUAGGAAGUGGUGAUGUGCAACCCACUUCUAUGAUGCUUCAGCUCGCUGACAAGACAAUCACAUACCCAGAAGGAAAGAUUGAAGAUGUUUUAGUGAAGGUUGACAAGUUUAUAUUCCCAACAUAUGUCAUCAUCUUAGAUUAUGAAGCAGAUCGGGAUGUUCCAAUCAUCCUUAGACAUCCAUUUCUUGCCACUGGGAAAUUAUUGAUAGACGUACACAAGGGAGAACUGACUAUGUGCAUAGACAACCAAGAAGAAAAAUUUAAUGUGUUGAACGCAUUGAAGUUCCCAUACGAUGAACAAUGUCAACCUGAUAGUCCAAUUGACCUGCAUGAUGAAGAAGAAAUGGACCAAGUCUGCGAGGUCUAUGUGUUAGGGGAAACCAUAAGAAAAUUUGAACUGUUAAGUCUGAAUGAGCGGCAAACAAAACCAACACGACCAUUUUUAGAAGAACCAUCAACAUUAGAAUUGAAACCUCUACCUCAUCACUUAAAAUAUGCUAUUCUUGGAUCCAAAAACACUUUGCUUGUGAUUAUUUAA